AUGACCAUUUCAAUGAUCGAUGCUUGGAAUAUCAUUUUAACACAUGAUCUUGCUGCAAAAUCUUUUUGUAAAACCGGAUUUUAUCCCUUAUCAUUGAAACAAAUGCUGAAUUCGAAAUACAUUAAUGAAUCAAAUACUGAUUUUGAAAGAGUUCAACGAAAUACAUCGAAAAGAUUUUCACUUACAAGCAGUAUUUUAACCAGCGAAGAAAUGCUUAAAAAAAUCGAAGAAUACUCAUUGGAAAAGAAAUAUUUAUACGAAAAAGAACUUGAGAAAAAAGCAAAUCAAGAAUCGUCAUUAAAUGAUGAAAAGAAAAAUCAAAAUUCAUCAAUUAACCAGCAAGAUCAUCACAUUUUCAAUACCCCCUUUGUUCAUUUAAUGCCAGAUUUUGAACAACAGUUUGCUGCCGAAUAUCUUGAAUACAAAAAGAAAAGACAAGAGCAGGAUAUGCGUAUGAGCAAACAAUUGAAAGAAUCGGCAAAAAACAGUCCAUCUAUUAACAAAAAAAGGAAGAAAGCAACAACUCCAAUCAAGGAAAAAGAUAAAUACAAUUUUCCUCGAAAAAUCUCUUCGAGAGAAAUCAAAAGCCUACAAUAA